AUAAAAGAGUCAAUAAUUUAACUCCUUAAAGAAGAUAGCUUUAAAGCUUCCAUGCCUUGCUUUUACGCACACCCAAAAAGCUCUCAUUACUAAUGGAUUACUCUCCAUUCUCCUCUUGAAUUCUACACUACCAAUGGAAUUCAAUUUCUCUACUCUUUCUUCACACCCUCUAUUCUCCACAAUUGUUACUCUAUACACUUUAAUUCUCCUUUAUGCACCAUCCUUGUUUAUUAGAAUUGUUCUUUCUCCUGUCCUCAAUUCCACCGGAAUCAUACUCCUUUUCCUCCUCAAGUUAGGUACCAAUGAGAGAUUGGAAAAGGAAUCCAAUUGUUUCGAACCAAAAGUUCUUGAUCAUAAAGAUGAACAACAUGAACAACUUACUUCUUUGGAACAAAGGUUUCUUGACUUGGUGGAUCGAAAUCAAACCCACAAAGAAUCCCAUCAAAUGCAAGCGGAAGUCGAGCAUGAUUUAGGCUCGGGAUUGAAUCCCCAAGAUGAUCAUUACAAAUGGGAGUUACUAGAUAAAUAUUCCAUACAAUCAUCAUCACAAGUGGUUGAUAAAGUAGACCCAAGAAUGGAAUUGGAUUCCAAGCAAGUGAAUGCAACAAUGAAGUUUCUUAAAUGGAACAUGAAAGCACCAUUAGAGAUCAUAUAUGAAGCGUAUGAAGGAGAGGAGGAGGAGGAUGACGAAGAGGAAGAGGAAGAAAAAGAAGACGAUAAUAAUGAAAUGAACAUGGUUUAUACGGAUAAACACUUCUCGGAAAUCGAGAGAUAUCCAUCGUUAUCGAUGUAUUACCCCGAGAGUGAGACAGAUAGCUCGUCAGAUGAUGAUUUUCCGAUGAACAAAAAGUGGGAAACACACGAGAGCGUGUUUUUUAAAUGGGAAAAGGAAGACGAUGAUCGGGAAGAGCUUAUAGAGAUUUCGGUAGAUCUUUACGAGAAGAGAAGUAUCGAAUUAUGCCGUGCCGAGGAAGAUAAUUUGAUUGAAAUCGACAUUUUUCAGGAGAGAAAUUGAAAUUCUAAGGGGAGCAUAUAUUCGACCGGGUUCUUAAGGUAUAGAUUUGGUGACAUCUAACAUAUUGAUAAAUAAAUAAAUAAUUUUUUACGUAAAAAUGCAAAUGUAUGGGGGAUUUUGGACACAACAAUACUUGGUUUGCAAAAUAAAGAAUUGAAUUUUUAUAAAUGCCCAUAAUAUUUGCUUGACUAAAUGUUGGAUAUGGUUUUCUUUUAUCAGUUCUUAUAGAUUUGGAACAUUCUUUAAUCGCUAACAUUCUUUGUUUUUUUUAUGGUUCCACAUAUUAAUCUAAAAUUGUACUAUUGAAUCUAAAUUUCUUGCAACUAUAUAGAUUAACGGUGUUAGAUUCAAUCCCUAAUACUAAUUUAUAUAGAGUGUCUAGUAUAUUAUUCAUUUUAUCAUAUAGUAUCCAUUAAGUUCUUCUUCUUGUGACCUUUCACUUUCUUGUGAUAUUUUUAACUUUCUUACUUUCUUGUGAUAUUUUUCACUUUUUUUACUUUCUUGUGAUAUUUGCAACUAUGUCAUAAUGUGUUUUAAGUGCAUUUGGUUCUUGUUCGU